AUGGAUGUGGUUCUGGCUGCUGUUGGUGCGGAGCCAGCAUCUAUCGUGUACACUGAGCUUUACUGUGUGGCCAAUGCCUCCGCUUCGCCUUCGUCGGUGUCAACCGUGUCAACUCCAUCGAUCAACGCUGGGACACCAGCUCUAGCUCUCGUCCGCGGCUUUAGGUAA